GGCGUUUGAUUCCAGUGCCUGGGAAUCUUCAGGCAAGCUUGAAGCCUCCCAGCGCGGGGCUCCUCCUCCUCGCCUUCGCCAUUGGCCGAGCUCCUGCAGACCUUGAGCCGGCUGGCCCGACGGGGCCGCCGGAGUGGGCGAGCGGGUCGUCCAUCGGGCCGGAACGCCCGCCUUUUUCCCGGGGCUGGGCUAGGUUGAUGGGAGGCGAGCCGCGAUCGCAACUCUGGACAGCUCCAGCUACCCAAACAGACGACGUAAGAGCAGGCAAGGGCUAGGACAUGGCGAGGCGGCUGCAGCGGCGCUGGCCAGGCUGACGGAGAGAGAGAGGCUGGUGGCUGCCCUCCCUCCCCCCCACCCACCAACUCACCCACCCCCCGUCUCUCUCUCUCUCUCUGUCUCUCUCUCUCUCUCUCUCUCUCUCUCUCUGUCUCUCUCUCUCUCUGUCUCGGCUCCCAGAUCUCCUGCCCUCCGGCCCCCACACGCACACACCACACAUUCACACACGCACACAACUGAGAGGCCUUAUAGCGACACCCCCCUCGCGCUCGCGCCCCCUCCGAAAAGCAGCAGAAUCCUUGUCCUUUGGCUGGCAGCGGCAGCGGCGGCGGCGGCGCCGCGACCCGAGCUUUUCCCCAGCUAGGACCGACCGACCCGCCAGCCAGCCAGCAGCCAGCCAGCCUCAGCACCGCCGCCGCCGCCGCCGCCGCCAUCCCCGCGAGCCGCCCGAUCCCUGCCCAGCGCACCACCCCGCUCCAUGGACUGAAUGAAGACUGCCUGUACCUCCUAUCGAUGCCUAACCAAAGAGCUGGACAGCUGCGCCAUGAACCCGGAGCUGACAAUGGAGACACUGGGCCCCUUGCACGGGCCCUCCAGCCAUGAGCAAGAGCUGAUGGGCAGCCCCAGCCCGCACCACCAUCAGCCCUCCAGCCGGAGCGCCGGGGCGCUACGGGUCCACCCGCCGCCGCCGGGCCCUCCGCCGCCGCCUUCCCACCAGGACUUGGCGUCCGCCUCCUCACGCUCGGCCAUGGUGACCAGCAUGGCUUCUUUGCUGGACGGGGCAGGGGACUACCGGCCGGAGCUGUCCAUCCCCUUGCACCACGCCAUGAGCAUGCCCUGCGACUCCUCGCCGCCCGGCAUGAGCAUGACCAGCACCUACACCACGCUGACGCCACUCCAGCCCUUGCCGCCCAUCUCCACCGUCUCGGAUAAGUUCCACCACCCGCACGCCCACCACCACCCGCACCACCCCCACGCCCACCACCACCACCACCAUCACCACCACCACCAGCGCCUCUCCGGCAACGUAAGCGGGAGCUUCACCCUCAUGCGGGACGAGCGGGGUCUGCCGGCCAUGAACAACCUCUACAGCCCCUACAAGGAGAUGCCCAGCAUGGGACAGAGCCUCUCCCCGCUGGCGGGCACCCCUUUGGGCAACGGCCUGGGCUCCAUCCACAACGCCCAGCAGGGCCUCCAGAGUUACGGCCCGUCGGGUCACGAGAAGAUGCUGAGCCCCAACUUCGACGCCCACACGGCCAUGCUGGCCAGGGGGGAGCAGCACCUCUCCCGCGGCCUGAGCACCCCGCCGGCCCCCAUGAUGUCUCACCUCAACGGAAUGCACCACCCCAGCCACCCUGGCGGCCACCCUCAGUCCCACGGGCCCGUCUUGUCCUCCGGCCGGGAGAGGCCCCCCUCUUCUUCCUCGGGGGGCACCCAGGUCAACAACUCUGGCCAGCUGGAGGAGAUCAACACCAAAGAAGUGGCGCAGAGAAUCACGGCCGAGCUGAAGCGCUACAGCAUCCCCCAGGCCAUUUUUGCCCAGAGGGUGCUGUGCCGUUCUCAGGGGACCCUUUCAGACCUUCUAAGGAACCCUAAACCUUGGAGUAAACUGAAAUCGGGCAGGGAGACCUUCAGGAGAAUGUGGAAAUGGCUGCAGGAACCCGAGUUCCAGAGGAUGUCAGCCUUAAGGCUUGCCGAGGAACCCAGGGCGAAUGGAGCACUUCCCCACCAACCUCAGCCUGCCCUUGCUUGCCUGCCGCCUUACUUAACAAUCAAUCCAGCAUGCAAACGCAAAGAACAAGAACCAAACAAAGACAGGAACAACUCCCAGAAGAAAUCUCGUCUGGUUUUCACCGAUCUCCAGCGCAGAACACUUUUUGCCAUCUUCAAAGAGAACAAACGUCCAUCCAAAGAAAUGCAGAUCACCAUCUCCCAACAGCUGGGCUUGGAACUUACCACUGUCAGUAAUUUCUUCAUGAAUGCUAGGAGGCGGAGCCUCGAGAAAUGGCAGGAUGAUUUGAGCACCGGGGGAGCCUCCUCAACCUCUACCACUUGUACCAAAGCAUGAUCGGAGAGCAGAAUCUAAAUUGGGCACAACUCAACUAAUAUAUAUUAAAAGGAUUCUUAUUGGGGCCCUUCACUGGUGAUUUGAAAGCACAAUCCUCUUAAAACACUAAUACUGAUUUACAACGUGGGACAUUUAAAUUUUAUUUAAAAUGACUUUUAAGGUUGCUUUUUAAAAAAUGUACAGGUCAAAAAUACAUUCAAGGCAGACUAAGCAUGCGUGAAAUAGAAGUAGGUGAUUCAUGACUGAAAUGAAUUCAGGACCAACAUGACUACACCAACCAAAGCUUCAAAGAUUCAUCAGCUUUGAGAUCGGUCAACAAAAUGGCACCAACUUUGCUAAAAUUUGUUCACCAAAAGAAAUCCAAACAUGUCUAACCUAGUUCAUUUCCAGCAUGCUUAGCUUUUCCAGACUACUAUACCCGAGCUCACAAACACUGAAAUAUACAAGUACUGAGCACAAAUUUAAACUAGACCUAAGAACAUUGGGUUUUUUAUUUUAGAAACUCAGGCGUUGUUAUGUUAAACAUUUUCAGAAUUAUCUGACUUGCUGUUUUAAAAAAAUUGUUUAUGAACAUUUGGUCUUGGAUCAGUACGAUUUGGUUCCCUUGAACCCAAACUAUCAAGCACAAAGACAACAGAAAGCAGGAACAGCUCUGGACUCUUUGCCUGUUCUUACAAGACGUGCUCGGAGUUAGGGGGUGUUAGUGAACACAUUGGUUUCAAGCACACUUUUGCAGGUCUUCACAAUUUCUAUUUGUACAUAGUGCAGACACACACUCAGGAAGCCAGUUUAGAUGCUAUCACAGACAGAGCAAAUGCAACACUUGAAAAGCUCUAGAUAUUAUUUUUAAAAAACCAACCAUUAAUAUGUCCUAAUCAGUUACGAGGCAUCUAAGUUCAUCAUGUCAUUUUUUUUAAAAAAAAUUGCCACAUCAGUUCUGUAUUUGAGUUAGUUAGUGUUUCCGGGCAUGAAAUUAAACCAAUGCCUUCAAGAUGUCACUGACCACUGGAGCAUUUAUCUAAAUAUGCUCUACAAGUCUGUUCCAUGGAUAAAACCAUCCCACCUACCACCUCAUGUAAGAAUGCAACACACCAAAGAUGCAGGAUAUUGCAAGCCAAAGACCAUUAUAACAUACCAUUUUCUAACAUCAUUCUCAUUGCCAUUGUUCCCAUCACCAAUGUAGUCAGAUUUUGAAUAUGAAUCAACAUCAGGCGACGUACAGCUCUUAUUUCAGUUCACCCUUCAAGUGAGCUAAAAGAGAUGAUGUCCUCAAGUGAAGCAUCAAAAAUAACUUUUGAUCACACUAGGGUACAGUGUUCACCUAAUGAUGCCCACACACAUGCGCACCAUCUUUCUCAUCAGAAUAGCUAUGGUCACUCAAUGUGCAUAUUUACCAGUGAAUAGCCCCUUUCCUUGGAACACCACUUGAGUGUUCAAAAGCAAGCCAAAUGCUGUAACGAUCCUUUAAAGACACUUGAGACUCUUUUAUGUACUACUUAAUCGAAACCAAAGAAACGUUUUCUGCACCUACUUCUUCUGCAACAAACUGUUCCAUUUAGGGGGGGGGGGAAUAAAGAAAUGAAUAAUAAUUUAAAAAAAAACCAAAACAAGGAAGCACGUCAGGAAAUAAACCAAUGCUAACACACUGUGUUUUGACAGACAUCUUGGAACAUUUUUAGGAAGCAGAGUUCAAAGAAAGGGUUGACAAGAAAGGAAAAUGAAUGGAAAAGCCAACGGGAUUGCUGCUUCAUUUGACAACUCAGUAAUCUUAAAGUUGAAGAUUGUCUUUAAUUUGUGCCUAUGCAGUUUUUUCAAAAGAACAAGGAACAGAGCAACCGAGACCUCAACAGCUACAAUACCAAAGAUGAGGAUUUCUCACGACUUUUAGUUCAGUUCAUUAUCUCCCCUUGCACAGCUAAUAGGCGUAUAGCACGAUUGAUCUGUGUAAAGGUAAAUUGAUUCUGUUUCUUUUCAGCAACAACAAGCAAACACAAAAAAGGAUGUUUUUUAAAAAAAGUUAUUUUCUUUUUUCCAAUUUCUGCUGUCACAUGGAAUCUUCUAAAGGAUUCCAUGGGCUCCAAGUAUAAGAUGUUGGGAUACUAAUCUAACGAAGCUUCUCCAACCUGACAUAGUGUGUGGGGAAGCAUCUUACCAGUUAAAUGCUGGUUUUGGUUCAUUGGGGUUAUAUAUGUUACAUGCUUUUUAAAUGAUCAUUUAGGAGAUGGGGUAAAGGAUAUGUUUUGUGUGUGCAAAUGAAUGACAUUUUGUUGCUUCAUGCUGGAUAAUUUCACACUAUUAGAAAGGAUCCUAAAUUAUAUAAUCCAGUCAAGGAAUAAUUUGUUCCUUGUCAGAUCUUCAGGCAGUUUGACUUCAUUAUCCAGUGUGAUUCACACGGCCAUGACCACCCAGUCGUGACCACCCAGGUCCAGUUCUUCCUACUAGAUCGGUGUUUCUCAAACUAGGAAAUCAUACAAUUCCUCGAAAUCUACUAGAUAUUCUGGCCACCAAGCAGGGCCUGUGAUCAGCUCCUACACACACAGCGCCAUCAUCACCCAUACCACACAAUUUCUUCCCUCAGACUCCUAUACAUUCUCUCUCCCUGGAAUACCACCUUUCUGACCUCAGGAACAUAUAACAUCUGGGUUGCAAGAUUCUCUUCUCCUCUGUCAUCAAUAUGAGUGGAGCUAUAAUUUUUCUUUUGGGAAAUCUAGAAUCUUGAUUGAAACACUGUUCUCAGUGACUUGUAUUUAAUCCUUCUAUAAUGGGAAUAGGGACCCAUCAGUGAUAUUCUGUCUCCAUCCAGAACAUGCAUUCUGUCAAUUCAAGGUAGAAAUGAAAUUUUCUUAACUAUUAUAUGCAAAAUCCACCUCCAGUCACUGCUGAAAAUGUGAACCGCCUCUAAGGCACUUGCAACCCUUCUGAGGGACAUUGAUCUACCAUUUGGGAAUCAAUGGCCUAAGCUUGAUGAGGAGUUGAAGAAGUUGACUUGCAGGCAUUAUCUGCAUCAAAACUGAAGUGACUAUUGCUAUCAAAUACACAAAUUUCAAUAGCAAAACUCCCAUUGGUUUAUAUAGUUCUGGACUACACUCUCAGGUUAAAUUCAUAACUAUCUGAGGUUAGGACUUUUCCUUUAUGGGCUGCUAAAAAUUUUUAAAAAUUCUUUUUAAUAAAUUAAUGAUAGCUAUGAUCAACUUCUUCAUAAGAAAGAAACUGGAACCCUUAUGUCAAUAGAACAAACUUGAAUUUCUCUAUGAAAAAGAGGCAUUCAAGAAAAAACAUUACUUCAAAAUCUAACCUGAAGAUACAAAACAAAAGCAUCUGAAAUUCAGAGUUGCUUUGAUAUGAGAUGGAUUUCGCUUUUAUCAAAAGAGUGUUGGCCGUAAAGUUUUUGAGCCAAAAAUCUAAAUUUCUCUUCCUUUUUAUUUUAAGAAUUGCUAUAGCAGCAAUUGUAUGCUUGGACUGAGGCCUAUUCAUUGCUGCAGUGGCUGAUCAGUGGUCAUAAAACAUUAACACUGCAUGAGGUUUGCAAAACCUACACAGUGGUCUCACAGAUAGACCUCCUUGUGCAAACGAAAAGAUUUACAAAGUUUAUGUGAUAUUCCAGGUCCUGACAGAUCUGCGCAUCUGCAGGGUUGUAGAUGUGACCCAUCUCUACAAAAUAAUAUAUAUAUAUAUUUGCAACCUGGGUCAAUUGGGGUCAUUUUCUAUUCAAGAAUGUUCACUUAUGCAAUGCGGUUGGUUCAUUGUUUGAUUUGAUUUGUUCAUCUGCUUCUCAGACCUUUAACAAUCUCUUAUUAGGAAUACAACAUGGUACUUUAGUUAAAGGAACAACACGCUAUUUCCUACCUUUUCAAAUAUUCUCUGUUUUUCCUUUGCUUGCAAGGGGCAGAUGGAUGAUUCUGGGUUGCAUCCUAGGCAGCCUACUCAGUUCAAGCACAGCACUGACCAGGCCUGUCAGGCCUUGCCCUUGCCCUGCAUGAACACACCUUCCCCUCCCCUGUGGCUGUCUGUACAUUGCAGGGAAACAUUAGCAGCGAUAAGCAAGCUGUCUUUCUCGGAAAGUUCAUCUGCCACAACUGCUCUUAUUGUAUCCAGGAAGCCCUGAUAAAAGUUCUGAGGAACCCCAGAGUUCCUCAGACUGAAAAUUACUGGUCUAGAAUCCAUUUAUAUCUCCUUUCUCGCCAUUGUUAGUUUGGGUGGGGUACUUCCUCAUCUUCAAAUGCUCACUCUGUGUGUCACCCCUCCACCAUCAGACACACUCAGGAUUGCAGAAGGAGAUGUUGUUGUUGGAUCAUUUCUUAUACAACAUGGACAGCACCCCCAGUCCUAUCAAUUGGCACCAUGUAAGUGACAGGCUUGAUCACUUACAGACCACAGACAGAAAAGAGGGAAAACCUGCAAAGUGCCUAGCCAGCAAACAGUCAAAAAUGAAAACAAAAAUAGGUUUAUUGCUGCCCAGUAAAUGACUUUUGUUUUCAUUUUUGGCUGUUUGCUGGCUAGUCACUUUGAGGGUUUUCCCUCUUUUCGUCUAUGGUACAUUUGGGGUGCCUCCCUCCUUGCUUUCCCGUUUUGGUCAGUUACGGAGACUUUGCAUCCAGUUAAAUGGCUGCAAGGAGAAAGAGUUACUAAAUUGCAGAAUUCCUCCUUUGCUUUGCCUAAAGAGACUCUUGCCCUGUAUUAAAAACAACCGAGCGAAGGGGAGAGGCUUCCUCCCCCCGCAUCAGAAUACACACACAUAACUCUGCUACAAGGAACGCUGUGUAACGCUAAGUGUGCCCCUAUGCCUUGGGCCAGAAUCACCAGCUGAAACAGUAUCAGAACAAAUCCCUCUGUCUUCUACUGGGGCUCCUCUAGCACAAAUUACUGUCAAAGAUGCGGACAAAAUCUCAUUGCAGCCAUACCAGACAGACAAGCAGUGGGAAAUCUGUGCUCAGCUAUCUAUGGAAAGACUAGAUGACACUAUAAACAGUUCUGCUUGCUGUCCAGAGGAUUGUAAUCUGUGUGAGCCAGAGACCAUGCAAUGAAGGAUCCCGCUCUCACUCUCACCCACACCCACACCCAAUUUCUGUGAUUUACAGGCAGGCACCAUAGGCAACCAAAAUCUAAUUCUUAAAAAAGAAACAUGGAAGAGUUGAGCUUAAGAUGUUAAGGAGGAUGUCUUCAGUUUUGCUCAAGAUAAUUGCCUGUAUAUAAACUGUACACCUGAUGCAAGAGAUCACUGCAAUUUGGCUGCCUAGCCAGUGGUUCUGUUCUUAUGGACUAGGACCUCACUUCUCAAUUUUUACACAAAAGUUUGCAUGGAAUGUUUUACCUGGCAAAAGGCUUAGGUUGCAAUCCUAUGUUCACUUACUUGGGAGUAAGUAACAUUUAACUCAGUGGGACUUACCUUUGAAUAGGCAUGUGGAGAAUUAAUUAUGUUGGUAAAGCAGUAAGCCAGGGAUUGGGCACCUCUGGCCCUUUAGCUGUUGCUGGAUGCCCAACAAGCAUGACUGAUCGUCUCCCUUCUUGCUGUGAGUUAUAUGGCAUAUCUGCACUACAAAUUUCUAAUGGGCUUCCCCUAAGAAUCCUACGCACUGUGGCUUGGGAAAGUGCAGAAAAAUCUCCCUACCUGCCUCACAGAACUAUCACUGUCUGGGGAAAAUGAAAAUGCUCAACUUUUUAAAGUCUGCCCUGCUUAGCAUCCUGUGACUGGAUUUAUUUGUUUUAAUUUUUCCCUUGAUGACUUUUUUUUAAUGGCUCCGACAGAGGGUACAUUUUAUGACUUUUGCUUAUCAUCACACAUUAGUUCUUCCAUUACUUCUGUCUUUUUGUUUUUUUUACUAUACUAUACUACUCAGAACAACGGACAAUACAUAAAUCUCACAGGGGUCUGUCACGUAGAGUAAGGCAUUAGAAGUGCAGGUAUAGCUGUGCUCAUCAGCAUUGCACUAUGGUCUUGAGGUCAGCACCAGCAUUGCACAUGCACACCAAAAAAUGACAGAGCAAGCCCUGAAGGGCCAUGUUCCAGUGCAAGAUGCCAUAAGAAUGAGGAAAAAGAGAAAUGUGGAGGGCAGAUUCAUUGCAAAUAAUUUUGUUUUUCAGGGACAGGUCAGUUAAAGCCAGUAAGGCCCUGGAUUUGCUAUCAAUUAAGGCCCUGGGGUAAAUACAACUGUGUUUUGGCUAGGACCAGAGUACUCAAGUGUUUAUAGAAUAUACUGUAUGCACAAAUAUGCAUUUCUGAUGGAUAUAUGUGUGUCUGUUGUACAUGGAUGUGUAUAUACACACACACACGUCAAUUUACCAGAGGUCUCACUCUAAGCUCUGAUGUCAUCUCUGAUGUCAUCAACAUUCAUAUUGGUGAAAAGGGAUAAUCCCAAAUUGUGUCCUGUCCAAUCUUAACAUCUAGUAUGUCUAGUCAGGCAUGAGAAGCGUAUUAUAUUUUAAUAAUAUAAAUGCAAAAGAAAGUAUUAAUGUUUGACAUCCCAUUGUAGUUCCAGCAAUGGUGGUCCACAGUUUAGCCAAUUAUUCUGAAUCAAUGUAUGGCAUACAGCCCUUCUUCUGAGAUCUGAAGGUAGCCAGCCUCUCUGGCCCCAUUACAAACAACUCCAAACAGGCACUUCUGUUCCUAAUCUUGUGCAAUUUUGUUUUUCUUUUGUCUCAACCAGCUUUUCUUUGUUCCAACUGCACUAUUGGUGAACAUUUAUGUGACUGUUGCUUCCCUAUCUGCCAUGCACACAAUGGCAAGGCUUUCUCACAGACAACGCUGACGUGUUUAGCAUGUUUUAUAUAUGUCAUAACUUAUACUUCUGUAUAUUUACACUGAUUACUGUCCAUUGUAUGUGUUCUGCUCCACAAAGAAAAUUUAGCAAAAUAGUAUCCCAACAUCUUCCUUACCAUUUAUACUUGGAGUUAUUUUUCAUGGGCACAUCCAAGAUGAAUUCAACUUUCAAGAAACCUUGGAUAUUGUUUAAUCAUCUGUGGAGGAACAAAGAAUGUGCUUGAUUACUUCGGUUGAAUAGCUUUAUUCUGGAUCUCUCUUAACUAAAGCUAAAUCCAAAGACCUUCAAAGGACAAAAACCAGCAAAACGUAAAGCUCAGACCGACUUACGGGAAUAGCAACCUCCUUUUUUAAAAACCCAAAAAAGAGGAGACGUGGCAAUGACAUAGCUAUGGGGGAACAAAAAUUCUGAUGUUUUUUCUUGCUUGUCACCAUAUUUAAGUAUUUUGUGAUUUUUUAAAAAAAGAUUAUGCUUGCCCUACUCUAUAUUUAUUAUGGGAAUUAUUAUUUUUGCUAUUGUUUAAAAGUUAUGCCAGUAAUCUUCACAGCCUUUAUUUCUUUCAUGAUAUGUUUGGGCUAUAUUGGUGGUUAUGAAUCAUAAGAUUUAUUUUGAUUAGAUUAAGACUCAAACUAAAAGCCUUAGCUCUAGUUAAAUCUUCAUUCCAACUAAAGCUUCUGUCAAUUCCAAUGGAGCCCGUGCACCAUUUUGGAUUUUGGACACAAGUUUAGCUGGAGCUAAAACUGUAGGGUCAGGCUUCUACUGAUUACUUUUCAUGAUUAUUUACAUGACAUUCCUGAUUAUUUUGAUUGUUGCAAUCCAUAUGGAUAUGCUCCCAAGCAUGUCCCAUUGAAAUGAACCAAAGUUGUGCAAGAGCAUGUCACGGAUUUCAGUGGGCUGUGUGUAAGAGCCUUUUCUGCUGGAUUGUGCUUUUUUUUUUUUUUGCUAGACUUAUUUUACUUUUUUAUCAAUCCUAGAAUCAUAGUGCAUCCUAGAUGCAAAUCUGAGGUUGGCACAUAAAUUUAAUGUUUGGGGGGGAGGGAGUAUUUGUAAAGUCCUGUUACAGACAUGUGGGGAAAGACAAGAUACCAAAAAUAUUAAAGAUCCCCCACCCCCUCUCCCCAAAUUGGGGCAUGUUUUAUUUCUUAUAAUCAAUCUCAAUAGUUUAUAAAAUGAUCGACCCUUAAGUUAUUUAAGUUAAUUCCUCCUUCUUACCUCACUCAAAAAAAGAAAACCAAAAAACAGUGAGGCAUACCUUUUUAAUUAUUAUUAUGGCACAUAAGAGCCUUCAUAAUAUAACCUAUUUAUUUAACUUAUUCAGCAUCUACUGAAGGUGCCCUUGUAUAGUUUAUAUUUUUAUUUUUUUUAUAAAAUCAACGUAAAGCACUACAAUUUAUUUGCUGUCAGAACAACAGUGAUGAUUUUUAUUUUUUAUUUUUGGACAAGCAAGGAAUAUUUUGUCUAAACAAUGCAUUCAGGAACAACAGGGGAUUAAAAAAAAAAAGACAAGACACUGCAACACUUUGCCUGAACUUUGUGGCUUUUUAAAAACCUAAGCUGGGGGGAAAAUAUAAAAUAACAACAAGCAAAAAAAUAAUAAAUGAAUAAAAAAACUAAAAAGAGAGAAACCCUUAAAGUAGCUGCUUCCAAGAAUGAACUUUGUGUGUGUAAAAAAAAAUGAAAAGGAUUAAAAAAAAACAGAAAAAAGGAACAAAAAAACUUUCUAUUUCUAGUGAGAACCAAAGAGGCUACCUCACUGACUUUUUCCAUUUGUAAUUUUAAUCGUGUUGAUGAUACCAAAGAUACCAAAGAUUUCUUUCUCUGUGCGGUCUGCAUUUUGCUUGUGCUCUUUAUAGUUUUAACUUUUUCUCCUUUACAUCCACUAUGGACAGCUGCAACUCAGAUGCCCCCCCUCCUAAGAAACACCAUUAGAGGGAUCUGCUAAUUCUGAAGAAGUCAUUUUCUGUGUUUAUCUUUCUGCCACUCCCUCUCCCCCCCCCCCAGGUCCCUUCUCCCUGCCUCCAAAAAAGGGGUCCAACAGCUUGAUCUCAAGCACAGUUGCCUUGAUUCAGCAAGAGAAAUCUACGUGCAGAAAAAUUGUCUUCUGUGUGUACAGCUGAUAGGAUUGCCCAUUGACAUUUGCAUCAUGACACUCAUGCAUGCUGCACUGACCUGGAGGGGUGGCCAUGUACACCCCUUUCUGGAGUGGCUUGAACUGGAAGGGAUGCACAUCCCUUUUUGGAGCAGCCUGAAUGCAUGUCCCUUUCUGGAUAUGCCUGAACUUGAUGCACAGGGAUGCAUAUCCCUUUCUGGAUGGAUCAGGAUCUGCACAUCCACCUACCAGAUGGGUGGGGAUGUCUGUUCCUUUCUGGAGCAUCCUGAAGCAGAUGAAUGGGGAUGUGCAUCCCUUUCUGGAACUAUUAGUUAGUAUAUGACACUAGUUGCCCAUGACUACUGGUUGAGUGGGACCAUUGGCUAGGAUCCAAAGAAUGAAUGGAGAGAGCCAGUAGCUUAGUGGCAGGACAUAUGCUUUGUAUGCAGAAGGGCACAGAUUCAAUCUCUGUCAACUCCAGUUAAGAAUAUCUCCUUUAGCAGGUCUGUGAGCCACUCUAUGCAUCCUUUUAUUGAGCAUUCAUGACGAUUCAUGAUGUUACCUGGGUGGUCAAGCACAAUCCCGCUUCCAACACGGUUUACGCCUGCAAAGGUUUUGGGGUGGUUACACUGCUUCAUUUCCAAGCGGUCCACAUCCCAUAACUUCCUCCUGAAAUCCCCAAUUUUUUUAUAUCAUAAAUGUUCUGGUUUAUGUUUGUCCCACUUUUGUUGUGCUAUAGUCCCUCCGGACAGCAAUAAUGUGGUAGUGUUGGGGAAGCAUUGCAGAAGAAACUAAAGCAGAACAAACCCACCACUAGUGCACUAUUAUUGAGUCAAGAGCAUGUUGCAGAAUUCUGCUGCAAUAGAACACCAGUCUGGAGCGGCUCAUAGACCAUGGAGAGGUGCUGUCAGUCAGAGUGAGUAAAAUAUCUGUUGAAAAAGUCUGGAAGAAAAAGAGAGAAAUGAGGAGGAGGAGAGAGAGGAAUAUAUGCUACAGCUCUUACUGUGAAUUUAUAUUAAUAUAAUCAUGGCCCCACCCACUGGUGCUAUGUGGCCCCCAACAGAUUAUUCCCUGAGGGAAUGGAGCUCUUGAGAAAAAAAAGGUUGCCUGCUACUGGGCUACAUGGAGCAAUGGUCUGACUCAGUGUAAAAAAGCUUCAUUUGUUCAUCAUAUAAUAGGGUUCUGGACUUGCAGCAAGUGCACCAGUUUUAAUGGGACAUCAGCUUGAGGGGAGGAAUCCAGACUAUGCUUAAGAUUGCAGUUAUCGAGUCCAUAUUUGGAUGUGAGCUCCACUGAGAUCAAUGGAGCUUCUAAGGAGAUGUGUUUAAGAUAUGGGUCAAAGAAAUGAAUGGGGUGAAUGUGCAGUAUCAUGCCCUUAAAGCAGCCUUCUCCACUCUGGCACCCUCCAGAUGUUUUGGACGACAACCCCAAUCAGCCCCAGCCAGGCUGGUGAAGGUUGCCUUAAAGCAGGGCUUCACAAACUGUGGUCCAUGGACCACUGGUGGUCCAUGAGCUUCAUCCAGUUGGUCUGUGGCAUGCCCACAUUAAAUAUCCAUAUUGAUUUCUAACUGUAUUUUUGUUGCUUAUUUCUGAUAUUGUAUUUUAUUGUAUUACAGUUUGAGUUCAAUGAAAUGCAAAUUGUAAUACGUAAAAUACAAGAUAAGAAAUAAAUGAAGCAAUAUAAUACAAUGAAAAAUCAUAUAGAAUCUAGCACAGUGCAUUACAAUUGCUACAAAAAUCAUUAAGUGGUCAGCCAAGCAAUAUUUAAGUAGGCCCCGUGUGUGUGUGUGUGGAAGUUUGGGAAUCACUGCCUUCAAGUAUACAUAGAACCAUACUCUUACUUAGAGGUUAAUCCAUUUAAGGGCAUCUGCACAACUGUGGUUGGACAAUUAACCUUACAUCUCAUUGGCUUCAGUUCGCCCAGUGUUUUUUUCCGGGAUUGCAUCCAUCUGGAGGUAGAGCUCCAGUUGUGUUGGCAUGUGUACACACACAAACCUCCAGGAUGACCGUGUUUCCGCUUUCAAUGGAAGAGGAUGCUCAACAAGGCAUCCCUUUGAACAGAAGGAACAGCCCACUUCAUUGAAGUGAAAUAGGGAAGCUCUUGCAUGAAUGAGAGCUUGCUUCUCAUGCAAGUUUCUGUACAAGGAUCAACUGGAUCAGGGUAUAUGUGUUUGAGAUCAAGGUGUGGGAUUACAAACUAAAGAAGGCAAAUAUGUUGAACAUGAGUUAUGUUUUAUUACUCUUUUGUUUUCAUUGUUCCUAGGAAAUUAACUUGGCCAUUUUUUCUGCUGGCUGCUAAAUACUUGUUGGAAAUGUCUGGGGGAUCUCACACAAGAUUUGUUAGCACCAUUUGAUCCUGGUAUACAUAGGUUGUCCGUGUGUCCUACUUUAUAGAAGGUAGUCUAUUUGAGGACCAUUCUGUAUUUGAAGUGCAGUUAAAGAUAACAAACCAUCAGAAGGGAGAACAGCAGGAGAUUUGAAGUUGCCCAUCAGCUGUUAGCAUCUGCAGAGCAGACUGAGCAGGCACAUAGGACUCCUGCUUCCUGCCUUCUCCCACUAUGGUAACAUGUAUCAUAUUUCUAUUUGAAUUUAAGCCAUUAUUCCUAAAUCUGCAUUUAGACAUAUAAAUCAGUAUAUGCCAAAUUUUGUGCAAAACCUGCGUCACCUGUUGUCCUCUUUGGUGAUGCAUUUCCUCUUUUUUUGUCAAUGUAUAAAGUCACCACAAGAUACAUCCUUAAAAAUGAAAGAGAGGUUUGGCUGUCUCUUCCCGAGAUUCAGGUUGUGACCAUUACGAUGGCUCUACAGAGCCUUCUUGUUCAGAGGCAGUGUGCAAAAACAGGUUAGGGCCUUCAUUGCCUUCACAUCCUGUUUAUGGGAUUCCUGAAGGCAUCUGAUUAGAAGAUGUUGGACCAGACAGACCUUUAGUCUCAUCCAGCAGGGCUCUUCUCAUGCUCUUAUGACCAAUGCCAAAAAAUGAAGCCAAAACAUACUAGGACUAAUAUUGACUUACUGAAGUUAAUUCAAACUGUUCAUAAAUGUUAAGAGGGAACCGAAGACUAUGAGAGCAUUAAAGACUUAAGACUGCCGUAUUGCAAUCAUAAUCCCAUUUACCUGGAAGUAAGUCCCACCGAAUUCAGAAGGACUUGCUUCUGAGUACACAUAAUUAGGAUGGCACUAUUAAGUCUCCCUUUUCUGCGACUGCUGUUUAUUUGUAAAAUUCUGGCUUUUGGCUUUAACCAGACCUUCAAGGUGGCUUACAACAAGAUAUUAAAAAUUCAGCAUUGACAUGAUAAAUAUCAUUAGCAUAGACUAAAAAUGCAAGCAAAUUCCACAAAACAAAUAUACAGCUUUUAAUAAUGAUAUUAAAGGUAAACCAUAGGCAGAUUAAACUACAGUCAUCUUAGUAAGGGAAGGGCCAUAGCUCAGUGGAAGAACAUCUGUUCUGCAUGCAGAAGGUCAAUCCCUGGCAUAUCCAGGCAGGGCUGGGAGAGAUCCCUGCCUGAAAUCAUGGAGAGCAGCUGCCAGUCAGUGUAGACCAUUAUGAGCUCGAUGGACCAAGGGUCUGACUCAGUAUAAGGCAGCUUCCCAUGUUCCUAAGUGUUCAAAAGCAUUGUGAUUUUUAAAAAAAGGUUCUUCAGGAAAGAAGUAGCAUCAAGGGUUUCCCUGGGCUCAGAAUUCCAUAAAGAUGAUAUCACAACAGAGAGGGCCCUUUCCUAGUGAGCAUCAAUUUGGCCUCCCAAAAAAGAACAUUUGAAGCAGGAACUCACUGUGUAGGGAGAUCCAUAACGAAAACAAAACCUGACCCUUUAAAGUAGCACCAUCCUGCCAUUUCUCAGCUUACAAGUUUGCAACACUCAUUUAACCUACCUUAAUAAGCUAUGUUUGCUAGGUUUGAUUCAGGAAGUGUUGUCUAAACAGGUUUCCAACAGAUUCCACUUUAAGAUCCCCCACCUUGUAUUGGAGGAAUACAGCAAUGAUUAUCUGCUGGGCAGAGAGGGCUUAUUCCCAGGCCAUCCUAAACCACACCCAUUCAUCUCCACUGUCAAAGCUGAUAGCACUAUCUCUGUUUAGCAUGGAGAGAUAUGCUGUGCACACCCCAUGGCUGUGGUUGAGUUCUCUGGGUCAAGGGUGCCAUUAUAGUAUGUUGAGUACUCCGCAGCAAAGUAGGAAAGCUGUGCUCUUGCAGAGUGCAUUUGCUUCUAUCUUUGCAGUUCAUUUUCACGAAGCUUCCUUCCUUCUGACUGAUGAUAACAUUGUUUAGGAAGCAUCCGCGAGGAUAUAAACACCAGAUUCAACUGCAGUGGAGACUGGGGGCUCCAAAGUGAGUGGGGCAGUGAAUCUGCUCUGGGUUUUAGUCCAAACUUUCAAGGAGCUGUCCAAAGUGCUUCAGGGUAAACCCCAGAGUGGAUUCCACUGCCCCACUGACAUGGAGCCACCAACCACUGUGUGGUUCUGUCUUCUGUCAGGACAGGUUCACAUACUUAGCACGACCUAUAUAGUGCAUUUCUAGGGUUUCACAGGGACAUCUCUGUAAUCCUUACAGCAAUCCUGUAAGGUAGGUUACUCUUAUUAUCUGCAUGGUAAUUCUAUAAAGGAAGCCACAGACCUGAACUGACAAGAUCUGAACAGGGUGGUUCAUGACAGAUGCUUUUGGAGGUCACUGAUUCAUAGGGUCGCCAUAAGUCAUAAUCGACUUGAAGGCACAUAACAACAACAACAAUGCAGAGACUAAGAUUCAGGACGAAGCUGAAGACAGAGGCUCACCAAUUUAAGUCACUGCAGUGCAGUCCUUCUCAUGCUUACUCAGAUGUAACCCCCACUAUGUUUAAUGGUGCUUACUACCAGGAACUUGUUCAUAGGAGUGUAUCCUUAGAGACCGAAUUGAGAUUUGAAUGGGCAUAUCCCACUCACACUUUCUAGGGCAGCUCACAUCAGCUUCUAGAUCAAGAAGAUAGUCUGCUGCCCCCAAAUCUAGUGUUGCCAAGAGCCUUAUUCAGCCAUUCAGCUUAAUCACAUGAGGAGGGACAGGGCCCCCCACUCCUGCUGGUUCUGCCUGCUGUGUUGCACCCCACACACCUUCCACAUACUGGAGGGUGAGGUUUUAAGCAGGUAGCUUGUUGUACUUCUGCAGGCCCCCCACGGAAUUUAGAACCCUGAAUGCACGGGGUUCUAAAUCUGAAUGAUGCCGGGAGCUUCUACUGGUUCAGCAAGCUUCUUGCUGCAGAGAAGUCCUGCUCUUUGCCCCUCCACACACUUCACUGGAGCUGCAUGAAGCUGAAGGAUGUGCAGAUAUUUCUCUUGCUUUACUUCAGAUUUCAAGACUAUAAACACAAAAGCCAGAAAUGGCUAUUUCCCCUUUUAAAAAACAACAGCAGCAACACCAGGGCCGGAUUAUCCAUUAGGCUUAGUAGGCUGAAGCCUAGGGGCCCAGAGCUCUUGGGGGCCCGUGCAUAAGCUAAAAAAUUAUCGCAGAACAGGAGCUUCCAAACGACCCGCCAUCCCCCCUCUUCACUUACCUUUUUCUCAGCUGUUUUUUGUGGUUUGCCAUCAAUCAAGAUGGUGGCCAAGGUUUCCCUAAGGGGCUGAAGCCUGUGCCGCCAUCUUGGUUGAUGGCACGCAUGCAUGCUGCACGUGCGCAUUGCUGCCAUCAACCAAGAUGGCGGCAGAAGCUUCAGCUCCUUAGGGAAACCUCGGCCGCCAUCUUGAUGGCAAACCUGCGCGCAGUGCACACAGCCGCAAAAAAGUAGAAAGGUAGGGAGAAGGCCCCCCCAAACACCAAUCAGCCUAGGGGCCCUCCUCAGCUUAAUCCGGCCCUGGCAACAACUAGUCAUUAGUGAUGGGAGAGAAAUUAGAGUUAGUUCACAUUUAAAGGCUAACGUACCUAAUUCACACUUUCCGAAACAGUAUGUGAACCAAAACACGGUCAUGCUUCAAAAUGCACACUUACUUCAAUUUUACGGUGCCGCUCUCCAGCCAAGGAAUGCGUACAAAAAUGCAUACACUAAUGAAAGUGCUGAUAGAAAUGCAGAUAUUGCUUGAAAUAACAUACAAAAAUACACUAAAUUAAAGGAAAUUGCUUUCACAAAACUGUGAAAUGUGUUUUCGGGAUCAUCGCAUACAAAAAUGUGUAUAGUAGGGGAAAUUCUCACUGAAAUGCAGAUGAGUUUUCAUGAGAACCUGUUAAAAAAUAUUACCAACUGAUGUAGACAUGUGGAGAAUGGAACUUAAUUUAGAAAAAUUAGAAAUGGAGAGAAACUGAAAUUUACAUAUUUCCCCAUCCCAAGUUGUCGCUCAGUUCUCUCUUUUAGAUACUUUGUCCCAUUAGCCCCCCAGCCCGUCCUAAGAUCUGUAUGACACCUAGCACAGCAAAUCCAAUUAUAUCUGUGUAACCCCCUCCUCCAGCACCCCUUCUUAAGACUGACAGGGUUGGGGCCAAACUAGACAUGACAUCAAACGUGUCGCUGCCAUGAUAACAAUAACAAGAAUAAGAAUAAUAUGCGGGCCAGGGAGAGGUAGUUUUCAUCCAGUGAAUGGAAGUUCAAGAGAUAAUAGGUUAGCUUAUUUUUCUUAAAAUCAAAAAAAUGCAAUGCCUAUUUCUAAAAAAAGAUUCAAAGCAUCUUACAGCAGAUUAAAAAUAUACAAAAAGUAAAACAAGACAAUAAUACAAAACAGUGCAAACAGCAUACUACACACUAUCAUAACAACCACCCCACCUUCCAAAAUAUCAGGUAGAAUCAACUAAAGAAAGGUUUGAAAGCAACUAAUUGCAGCCAUGGGGAGGGGAGGAGGAUUUUUGUCAGCGCCACGGCAGGGGCGGAAAAAGUUAAACCCCCAUUUUCUCUCUCCACCUUUUCCCCAUGUCUGCUAUUUUUUUCUUUUCAGAAAAGAUGCAGCAGCCAAUAUAACCUUGCAGAUGUUGGGGCAACUGCAUAAUUGCCUUGUCUUUUUGAAUGUCACCCCCUUCCCGUUUUGCUCAGUACAUAUGAAGAGUUCAGGAGAACUCAAAAACGUGCUCACCAUGACUUUGUGAUCUUAAUAAAGGUAUCUGUGGGUUCUGGAUUAUUCUUUAACCCCCUAAUGGUCCAACAUGGCUAUCCACAAUUGUAUUAGCAAAGAAAGAAAAUAUAAGAGGGUUAUUGGCAAGUGGGACAGGUUUUCUCCUGGAGUGGCAAUCCCCCACUUUUUUUCAACAAGCUGUUAGCAGUUCAGCAUUGACUUUCCUACAUCCAAACUGUGCCCUUCAUCAGUUUGACGCAACCAACCCCCCCCCUUAAAAGGUUCAUUUUUGCCUAUGCAUCCUUCCUUUUUAUUUUUUUUCUUCCUCUAAGUGACACACCAUUUUUCUUCUUCCUUUCUUGGAUCCUAUUGUGUAUGUUUUAUACAUUAUAUAUGGCAAUAUGCCUUCAACAUAGAGCUAUAAUAAUUCUCAGGAUGCCUUCCAUGUGUGGAAGACAAUGAUAGAUCCUUUGUGUUAAGCCCCUCCCAUCCAGGCCCUCCGUAAACCUCCCUCCCUGCAAGGGAACGUUGAAAGAAGGCCAAGAGCUGAACACAGAAAAUGAUUCCAGUUGGCAGGGCCCUUUGACGGCAAUUGCAUUUUCUAUCAGACUCAUGCUUCAUGUGCAAAGUGUGAAUUUACCACAGGAUGAGUGCCUUGCUUGAACCAAAGCAACGAUUUUGCCAGUCUAGACCUCUCUGUGCUUUUUUUUUAUUCUUCCUGUGAAUACCUCAGCGUCAACUGGGCCACCAUAUUGUAACUGGUGGGCUUAUUGUACUGUGGUGCUUUGCAAUGCAACCCUGCAAAGAACAUGAUUUGUAAUAAUAAUACCAAAGGUCCUUCCCCUCUCUUCUUCUUCUGCUUCUUCUCCUUCUCUUCUUCCUCUCCCUCUCCUCUUCUCUCUCUUUCUUCACGGUUCCAAAGCUUUAAAAUAUAAACCUGGGCAUGUUGGCAACGCAGACCGCUCAAUUCCUUACCGAAUUUUCUCAGAUAUACCUCAUAGAUAAUAGUGUUUAGAGUAAUGUUAUUAUAGCGUAUGUAAUAAAUUAUUCACUUGUUUCAUUUUGGUAACUGUGAUUUAAAAGAAAUAAAAAAAGCUUUAUACGUU